GGUUCGUUGUGGGCCAUGCCGGAUUGUAUCAAGCCCUGAUCAUGUUCGCAGUGGCAUACUUCAUCAUUGGCAUGACAGUGCUGUCCGUGUGCGCCAUUGCCACCAACGGGGCGCUGGAUGCCGGAGGAGCCUACUAUAUGAUCAGCCGUGCCCUAGGCCCAGAGUUUGGGGGCAGCAUUGGGAUCAUGUUUUUCCUGGCCAAUGUGUGUGGCAGUGCCCUCUAUGUGCUGGGGCUGGUGGAGGCAGUGGUGGACAGCUUUGGGAUCCCACCUGGGCAAAAAGUGGGCACAGGCGUCCACGUCCUGCCCCAGAGCUACUGGUAUGAGCUGCUCUACGGCACCGUGCUGCUGGCCCUCUGCCUCGUUGUGUGCCUCGUGGGUGCCUCCAUCUAUGCCAAGGCCACCUUCCUCAUCUUCCUCAUCGUCGCGGGUGUCCUGGGCACCGUACUCAUCAGCUUCUUUGCCAUGCGGCCCAUUGGGGUGCCCAUCCGCCUGCCGUACUUCAAGGAGAACGGAUCCUUCACUGGCUUCUCCCUCACCACCCUGCGAGAGAACCUGGGAGGUGGGUACGAGGUGGACUACACCACUGGGCAGAUGAUGAGCUUCAGCUCCGUCUUCGCGGUGAUGUUCAACGGCUGCACUGGCAUCAUGGCAGGCUCCAACAUGUCAGGGGACCUGAAGCGCCCAAGCUACUCCAUCCCGCGGGGCACCAUCUCCGCCGUGCUCUUCACCUACCUCGUCUACAACCUGCUGGCUUUCCUCAUGUGUGCCACCUGCAACAGGACCCUCCUGCAGAAAGACUACGGCUUCUUGCGUGACAUCAGUAUCUUCCCACCCCUGGUCACCGUGGGCAUCUACGCUGCCACUCUCUCCGCAGCCAUGAGCAACCUUAUUGGGGCAUCCCGCAUCCUCUAUGCCCUGGCCCGGGAUGAUCUCUUUGGCCGGGCGCUGGUGCUGGCCAAGAAGACAUCUGCCAGCGGGAACCCAGUAAUGGCAGUGAUCCUCUCCUGGCUGGUGGUGCAGCUGGUGCUCUUCUCUGGGAAGCUCAAUACCAUUGCGGGGGUUGUGACCACCUUCUUCCUUCUGGUUUACGCCACCGUCAACCUGGCCUGCCUGGCACUGGAGUGGGCAUCGGCCCCCAACUUCAGGCCCACCUUCCGGUACUUCACCUGGCACACGUGCCUGCUGGGCAUUGCGGGCUGCUGCGUCAUGAUGUUCCUCAUCAGCCCCGUGUCAGCCUCGGCAAGCCUGGGCUUCCUCCUCCUCCUCCUCCUCGCCCUGCACUACCUCUCGCCCAGCAGCACCUGGGGCUACAUUAGCCAGGCCCUCAUCUUCCACCAGGUGCGGAAGUACUUGCUGAUGCUGGACGUUCGGAAGGACCACGUCAAGUUCUGGCGCCCGCAGAUGCUGCUGAUGGUGCAGAACCCGCGGGGCAGCGCCCGCCUCAUUGACUUCGUCAAUGACCUCAAGAAGAGUGGCCUCUACGUCCUGGGCCAUGUUGAGCUGCAGGACUUGGACAUGCUGCCCUCGGACCCGCUGCAGCCCCAGCAGGACUCGUGGCUGAGCUUGGUGGACAAGCUGAAUGUCAAGGCCUUCGUCAGCCUCACCCUUGCGCCCUCUGUGCGACACGGUGUCCGGCAGCUCCUCUUCACCUCUGGCCUUGGCGGGAUGCGCCCCAACACCCUGGUGCUGGGCUUCUAUGAUGACACGGCACCGCAGGACGGUCUAGCCCGGCACCCCGCCUUCACCAGCACUCGCGAGGAGACCCCCCUGGGCUUCCCCCCUCUGCGGGCACCCGCCGCCCCC